AUGAACACACCCCUCGAACCAUUCUCCUUCAUCCCCACCACUAGCGGCACUUCGGCAACACCUUCCACACUCCACGGUACGCCCAUCGCAUCACCUACACCCAUCACCACCAUGUCGAACAUGAACAUGAACACGAACACGAACUUCAACAACGACAAUCCGCCCUCCUGGACUUUCUGGUCCCAAAACCCGACCCUCACAGGCCCCCUGACUUGGCUCCUGGUCGUUUACUGUUUCGCGAGCUUGGGAUUGUUCGUGGUGAUGAUGCACAGUGGGGUCUUGGAUUUGAAUUUGAAUCUGCAUCUGGAAGGGGUUUGAGUCUCUCUCUUUCUCUUUUUCCGAUCUGGUGGGAGAAGAAGGGAUUUUUGGAGAAGAGGCUAACGGAUCUUCAUUCAGAUUGGGCGUGUGCGGCGGAGAUUUGUGA